ACAAGUAUGGCUCGUCCUGCGCACGGCGCCGCAGACGCCGCAGCAGCCGGUCAACCCCUGGCUGCAGACGCCAAGUUUCCCGCCUGUCAUUGACUCGGGAGUGUUCGAGUGGUGCAGGAGGGCGGAGUGCGCCGACAAGCGCAAGUACAUGCGCUUCUACAGCAUCGACCAGUUCGAGUUCGUCAACGACUCCGCCACGCGCUUCGACCUCACGCUGGGCCUGUGGACCUCCUACAAGGUGUACAUCCUUCUGUCGACGAUGGACGCCGGGCCGCAGUUCUCGCCGCAGUAUUAUGAGUUUCAAGUGGGAGCGUGGCACCCGCGGCUGUUCCCGGUGGGGGGCGCGGCGCUGCACGUGCGCACCGGGCCCGGCCGCAAGAACCUGCUCGUGCGCAACUACACCUUCCCGCGCGAGCAGCCCUGGCUGCUCACCUGGAAGGAGUUCCGCCCCUUCAUCAUCCGGCUCGUGACGGGAGAAAAAUCGCAAAGCCUGACGUUCGAGGCGGCCGGCAACCGGCGCGUGCUGAUCAGCCACCAGGGCGAGGUGCCGCUCAAGAUCAAGUACGUGGCCUUCGCCACGCUCGCCGGCGGCGAGUCCAAGGUCUUCUUCGACUGCCCGCCAUUCCGCCUGGGAAACAUAAAAGACCUUUCAAAAAGCGCUGCAAUGAAACUGAGUCAAGUGGAUCUGCCGACGUGCCCCGAGGAGCCGUGCGCGAAGUGCCCGCGCGUGUACCUGCCCGUCUGCUCCACGCAGUAUCACACCUACCGCAACGAAUGCUUCUUCCGCUGUCUGCAGCCCGACCGCGCCGUCUCCGUGCUGCACAAGGGGCUCUGCAUGCACUGGCUGUGGCAGUGGCAGUGGCACCAGCGGCAGCACUAGCGCCCGCAGCCCGCACCUGCCUGCCGCCCGGCUGCCUGCUCCACUCACCGCGAGUGCUUCCUCCGCUGUCUGCAGCCCGACCGCGGCGUCUCCGUGCUGCACAAGGGGCUCUGCAUGCACUGGCUGUGGCAGUGGCAGUGGCACCAG